AUGUCUUCAGAUCCAACAGCUGACAUGAGCAAUUUCGCCCCCAAAGUAUCGCCAAUCUGCGUCAGUGACCUCGCGUCACUAUAUAGAGAAAGUGGCAGGUCUCCCUCGCCCUCGCCAUUGAGGGAAGAGGAGGAGGAGGAGGAGGAGGAGAAGAAGAUUGUGGUUUCGGAUGGUAGCGACGAAGAUGUCGUUGCUCCUGAGGUGAAAACCGCUUCACCCAAAACAACCACCACUACCACUACCACUGCCUCCAAGAAGGCACACCAAAACAAAGCUGUUCCUGCGAAGAGGAAAGCACCACCACCACCAUUUGACGAGGCCAACAAAGAGAACGAUGCCUCCGCGUCUGGCCCCAAGCUCAGACGUACCGGACGGAAAACCGCCCUUCAAACAAACGAGAAACUCAAGAAUCUCGACUGGUCAUCAUAA